AUGCCAGCGGCCGUCAGUGGAGCUUCUGAGGAGUACUCGUCCUUGUUGAGUCUGCAGAAUAGGGCUGACAAGUUGAAGGAAGUUGAGGCGGAAUUGGAACUCAGAAAAGAGGUCCGGGCUGAAAGGGGUCGCCGAAAGAAGAUGGUUGAUGGUGAUGGAAAGGUAUUGGUGUAUAAACUCGAUGGAGUUUCCGAAGAUCGUAAUGUUAAUGUAUACAAGCCGUUGGAAGGAGAAGAGAGGGUUAUGCUGAAAUGCCCUAUGGCUAAGCGGAUGUCUCCUAGUGAAGAGGUUCUCACCCAGUAUGUAUUGGAAUAUCUUCCGAAGAAGGUUCGAAAGCAGCCGGCCCCAUUCCGAAUGAUCGAGCUCGGAGCUGGCUUGGGGCUCGCUGGCCUCUCAGCAGCGGCUGCUAUGCCCAACGGACUUGAUAUUUACCUCACUGACGGUGAUGACAAGGUGAAGGGACAAUCGCUGUACACUUUUGACAAUCUCGCUACGCCCUGGUGA